GUUGAAUAUUUCCCUCUCAAAUCUCAAAUCUCAAAUCUCCAUCCCCGACCUCUCUCCUUUUGGAUUAUUCCACUGUGUGUAGUGUGUGUAUGAGAGAGAGAGAGAGAGAGAGAGAGAGAGAGAGGAAAAAUGCCAAUAGAAAUGCUAAAAGGACUACCAUUUUCAGUGGACACAUGGAGUCCAAAGUCAAGCACAAAGAGGUACCAUUUCUUAACACAUGCCCAUAAGGAUCAUACUCAAGGAAUCUGCGCUUACGCUUCUUACCCUAUUUAUUGUUCGCAUCUCACCAAAACUCUUGUUCUACAGCACUAUCCUCAGCUUGAUGAAUCAUUUUUUGUGGGUAUUGAGGUUGGGCAAUGUUUGGUGAUCAAGGAUUCUGAUGGUGAUUUCACGGUUACUGCCUUUGACGCCAAUCAUUGCCCAGGAGCUCUGAUGUUCUUGUAUGAAGGCAAAUUUGGAAACAUCCUGCAUACAGGAGAUUGCAGACUCACGAUUGAAUGUUUGCAACAAUUACCCCUAAAGUAUGUGGGCACCCCAGGAAAAGAACCGAAGUGCCGAAUUGAUUGUAUUUUCCUUGAUUGCACAUUUGGUCAGUCUCCAUUGAAGAUGUCCAGUAGGCAGUCAGCAAUCCAACAGGUCAUCAAUUGCAUAUGGAAGCACCCUCAGGCUCCUACAGUAUAUCUAACGUGUGAUCUUCUUGGCCACGAGGAGAUUCUUGUGCAUGUUUCACAGGCAUUUGGUUGCAAGAUAUAUGUUGAUAAAGUUAAAACUCCAGAAUGCUUUCAGGCUUUGGAACUAAUGGUGCCUGAAAUCUUGUCUGAAGACUCAUCUUCUCGUUUUCAACUGUUUGAUGGGUUUCCGAAACUGUACCAAAGAGCAGAAGCCAAGAUUUCAGAGGCUCGGUCUGCUUGUCAGCAAGAGCCUCUAAUUAUUCGACCAUCAGCACAGUGGUAUGCAUGCGAUGAUGGUAUUUCGGAUAUUGAGGGGCGGAAAAAAGAAAGAUGUGAUCAACCAGUGAAAGAUAUAUUCGGUGUCUGGCAUAUUUGUUACUCCAUACACUCAUCGAAGGAAGAACUGGAGUGGGCUUUGCAACUUCUUGCACCUAGGUGGGUCGUCUCUACAACACCUAGUUGCAAGGCUAUGGAGCUGGAUUAUGUGAAGCGUUGUAUUAAUCAACAUCGGAAUUUUGAUGACCCUUUCUGGCAACUUUUGGGGUUUACUAUGGACUUGGAAUCUGUAGUUGAUGCAGCAACAUCUCCAGAUGUGGUUGAGGUUUCAAGCUCACCUUUGGCUGAGAGCAAUGCUCAAGAUUAUGCAGACAACUCCCAGUCGACGGCGACAUCUUUUAGCAUUUAUAGGCAGUCACACCUUUCUCCUCCAAGCAAACCAGCCCCAGUAACAUUAUUUGGUAGGGUGAGGUUUGGGCGCGACGGUUCUUAUUUCAAACAUGAAGAGAAGGAGCCUAUACUUCCAGAUAAUGAUUCUGUAUUGAGAGGUUCUGACGAGUUAGAGGUUAUUUCAUUUAAGGAAGAAGUUGAAGUGGAAGAAGGUAAGACCUUGACAAUAAGUGAAGGUUUAGACAUUAGGAGUAAAGAGAUCUUGAUGCAUACAGAAACAGAGUAUUGUAGACAUAUUUCUGAGUCAGCUGUUGGAUUGUCAAAGAGUUAUAAUCCAAGUUUGAGAAAAAUAUACCGGUCUAUGAAUGUGAGAGUGCCUCGACCCCUUCCUUCAUUGACGGAGCUUAUGAAUGAGACCAAGCGUGCUAAGAGAAGGCUGUAAGUUCUGCUUUUUCCUGGCACCCUCUCUUUAUUAGUUUCUCCAUUUCAUUUUCCACCCUCAUUAACUUUCAGACAUUGAUACCAAGUACAUCAUUGUUUACAGAAAAAGAUACAAUUUGUAUAUCAUAUAUUCCAUACACCUACUCUUUACCUUCCCUUUAUACAGGCUGCUGUACACAGUAACUUAUUACCUGCCUACUGUAUAUUGUUGUACACUAUAAUUUUAUAUGCAACAUUUUAUGGUACACUGAAACAGGCAUUGCAAUAUUCUUGUGGCUGACUCCAUUGUAUUCAAUCUGAAAUAUAUUUUUUGUUUACUGA